CCCGGUCAAUUCAAUGGAGGGACAUUCCCAAGACUGAAACGAAAGAAGAAUCGUGAACCGGGAAGUAGGUAGGUGUCCGCCAUGGAGUUGUUUCUGACACUGUUCCUGUGUCCAGUCUUGGUUGGGCAGGUUUACGGGAGAGAAGUACAAUCCAAGAUAUAUCAUUGUUACCAGUGUGCGGAUACUAAAGUGGACGGAAAUUGUCAGACGAAGAUAAAAACUAUGGCAAAGGCUGCCGGGUACUUUCAAGAUCCAGCUACAUCUGAUGUGGAUAACGAUAAAAUAGAUCUGUACAGACAGUAUGUUAAAAACUGUACAGUGUAUCUCAGUGGGAGCCAAGAAACACUCUGUGUCAUGGAAACUCACGAAUACAGAGGCCAAGUGAAUAUGUUUAUGAGAGACUGCACCGAUGGAGUAAAUUUUUCCGCGGAAUUUACAUCUCCGCAGCGCCCCCGCGCGGACAAUCAGACGUACUGUGAUAGGAAAGGUGAUCUCGGGACCUACUGCGUCACUAUGUGUCGGGGGGAUUUCUGUAACGGACCGGAGCCUUCAGCUGCCGACAAUCCUCGUCUAUCCGUGUGUCUGUUGUUAACGAACUUCCUUAUUUACAUGUGUCAAGUUUUUCAUUAAUGUACCAAGAGUGGAUUUUUUGCUUUGUUACAAAAUCUGAAUGUAUUGUAAACGAAAUAUACGAUAUGUUCUUUUCUUAGUUGGACUUUGAUUGCGUAAAGACAGUCCCAGAAGAAAACCUGAUUUAAACGUCCCCCGUCCUUAAAAUAUGACAUCAGAUUAUUUUUAAGAAGAAGCGAAAGCACCGAGUCCGUUUUUAGAGGGAGACAAUGUUUUUAUUUUUGAUACUCCUAAAAGUAGUUCAUAUUUCAUAAUAUUUUGGUAUUAACUACAAAUCCAUUUUGCCCCCAUCAAUUUAUUGAAUGAGAUCAUUAAACGCCAUUUGUACACUCUGAAGCUUCGUUCUAGUGACUCCCCUCUUAAACUUUUAAAAUACACUUUAUAAAUUAUUGGCUUUGUUUGUUUUAGCUAUCUUGGAGGAACAAUCAUUCUUACAAGCUAUUGAAUGUACAUGUAUUUAGACGUUCGUGUAAAUAUGCAUACCUCUUAAAUUAUGCUAAAAUCAUGUGUUAACGUUUGGAAUAAAUUAAUUUUUGAGAAGGGUUAGUUUGUUUUCCUCCUUUUUUUCUAACUGAUUAUAUCAUGAACAUGUCAUCAUAUUGUUAUAAGGGGAGAAAAUUACACGAACUAACGUGUCAAUUUAAUUUAUUUUCCCGUGCGUUGUACAUAUUAGUUUAUUAUUAGAGAGGGUAAGUGAGGAAUUACUUUGUAAUUUGAUUUUUUUUUUUUUUUUUUGAUAUAUAUACAUUUUUUUUUUACAUGUACUAGUAUUUUUCUUUAAUAGAAAUGUGUAUAUAGAUCUAUAGAAUUACGAGAGAGAGAGAGAGAGAGAGAGAGAGAGAGAGAUUUUAAAAUUUGUUUUCACCUUAUCCAUUGGUGUCAAUUUUCCUUUUUUAUCAUGUUUUAUUAUAUAAAUAUUUUGUUUGGUAAAAUAAAAGUCAAGUAUGAUAUUGAACAGUACAUGUACUUUUAAAUGACAAUCAUCAAGACAAGUUUUAAACCAAAGGAAAUCCGAUGCCCAGGUUUUCGUUCUAUGUACAAAGAAUUCUAAGAAUUGUGGCAAUAAAGAUUUUGUUACUAUAUUUAA